UCCCCCCUCCUCCCACUCGCCUCUCAUCCCUCAGAGCUGCUGACCUGUUGGUAAACUUUGUCCCGGAGCAGAGAGGCAGCGGCAGCCAUGGCGAGUCCCGGGCAGAAAGUGGUGCUGAUCACCGGCUGCUCCUCCGGCAUCGGCCUGAGGAUGGCCGUGAUGCUGGCCAAGGACCAGCAGCAGCGCUACCACGUCAUAGCAACCAUGCGCGACCUGAAGCGCAAAGACAAACUGGUGGAAGCCGCCGGGGACGCGUACGGCAAAACCCUGUCCCUGGCCGUGCUGGACGUCUGCACCGACGAGUCCGUCAAACGGUGCAUCGACGGCAUCAAGGAUCGGCACGUGGACGUCCUCGUGAACAACGCGGGGAUCGGCCUCGUGGGUCCCAUAGAGAGCAUCCCCAUCGACGAGAUGAAGAAAGUCUUCGAGACCAAUUUCUUCGGGGUGAUCCGCAUGAUCAAGGAGGUGAUGCCCGACAUGAAGAGGCGGAGAGGCGGCCGCAUCGUCGUGGUCAGCAGCGUGAUGGGCCUGCAAGGCGUGGUCUUCAAUGACGUGUACGCGGCCUCCAAGUUUGCCAUGGAGGGCUUCUGCGAGAGCCUGGCCGUGCAGCUCUUGAAGUUUAAUGUCACGUUGUCAAUGAUUGAGCCGGGCCCGGUGCACACCGAGUUUGAGGCCAAGAUGAUUCAGGACGUGAAGCAGAAGGAGUUCCCUGGAGCCGACGCCGACACGGUCAAUUACUUCAAGAACGUCUACCUGCCGUCGUCCGUUGACAUCUUCGAGACCCUGGGACAAACGCCCGACGACAUCGCCAGAGUGACGAAGAAGGUGAUCGAAGCGAGCAGCCCGCGCUUCCGUAACCUGACCAACCCCUUGUACACGCCCAUCGUGGCGCUGAAGUACGCCGACGAGACCGGAGGCCUGUCCGUGCACGCCUUCUACCACAUGCUCUUCAACCUGGGCCCUCUGAUGCACGUCAGCAUGACCGCCAUGAAGUACCUCACCUGUGGGUGUCUGAGGAGCAGGACCGUUGCACCCAACUAGUGACGGGUGUCCCGCGCGCACAGAUAUGUGCCGACGGACCACAAUGAAGACCACUCAGUACGUCGGCUAAGGGCGACAGAGGAAAGGAAAAAACAAUACAUACAUACAUGUGUUCAUGAACAUCCUUUGUGACCGUCCACGUAUCUCACCAUGUUCUGUUUUGUAAUGAAUACUCUCGUUUCUGUAUGAAAUAGUGAUGGUGUAGAGAUACCACACCUGCGUCCAGCGGAACUGCAAUGCAGUAAUACUACAAUAAGUGCCAAAUGAGCAGGGUUUGCACUUAUUCUAUACUUCACAUUUCAGACUUUUUAACUCUAACUGGCUCAGAAAGACGAGCCUAUGUGUUUGUACCUUCAAUUGUCCACUUGUUACUAUUUUGGCAUUCAAGUGUUGAGGUUAGUUAGCUCUAUGUGCACAAGCUGUCUGUCUCUCAGGUGAUAAACACCCACCACGACUUUGAUGAAAAACUACUUUGUAAAUGGUUGACACUGACUUUUGACCAUGAUCAUAAAAACAAAUAAAAUUAUUUUUAUUAUCAAAA